AUGAACUACCCUGAUGCAGUUGAUCUGGUUGGCCACUGGCUGAAGGACGGCAUUCCGCUCAUGGCUCCGGACUGCCGCACACAGAUGGACCAGCACUCAGCCACGUUGACGAUUGAGGAGACCUUCGGAGACGACAGCGCCGUGUACACUUUUCGACUUACUACGCCCUUCGGUGAGGCAGAAACUCACGGUAGUCUAAUGGUGUCUGAGACCCACAAAUCCGUCAUCGGUGAGUCCAUUGACGAGGAGGUGAUUGCUCCCCUCCGGCAGACAAGGCCGCAGCUGCCACCUGUGGGCUUAGAUGAGGAGGCACCGCGAUUCACCAAGUAA